AAGGUGACGGCAUUCGCCGAGAAGUGUAUACCGUGGCAGCCUUCAUGGCUAUAAUAAAUCUAUUCUCAGUCGAGUAGGGACGUAUGGUGGCAGUGCGGCAGGUGCGGAAAGCAGGCCUUUAGGUUGGUGUCUUUUAUUUGCGCGAUACUUGUUCGAUAACAAAGACAAUCGGCCUGGAAAUUCGUUGAGUACGAAAUUAACACUGUAAGCGUCGAGACACCAACAAUGCUAGGUCAGUAUAAGAAAACGAGUCUUUCGGGGCUAACAUGACAUAUGUAUUGGUAUCGUAGUUGUCUCCCCCUACUGAUAGGACAACAACAUCUCAAUCUGGAAGAGAGAGGCGCCAGAUGAUCGACAUGAUUGAGUGGACAUAAGCAAAAUGGAAGUCAGUCUGACGUUGGGUGUGUUCAGCCUCGUCCUGGGUGCAGUGGUCACGUGGGUCUUGUACCAUCUUGUACAUUUCUACAUGCAAUACCGAGCCCUGAGGAAAGCUGCUUUACAAUUCCCCUCCAAGGAGAGACAUUGGUUUUGGGGGACUAUACACCAUGUGAGAGCGGGUGGGAUUGACGAUGCCAUUAAUCGCUCUUUGGAAAUGGCUCGCGUAAACAACAGAGUUUUUGCCUCAUGGCGGACCAGUUUACAGCCAGUUCUUUCUCUAGUUCAUUCCGACACAAUAAAGCAUGUGAUGAAAACAGCGGAACCCAAAGCCACCAGAAUGAUGGCAGGCUAUACCUUCCUCAAACCGUGGUUAGGAGACGGGUUACUGAUCAGCAGUGGUGCUAAAUGGGAGCGGAACCGGAAAUUACUGACUUCGGCGUUCCAUUUCAACGUGUUGAAACCGUACGUAACGAUCUACAACGAGGCUGCUGACGUCCUUCUGGGAAAGUUGGAGCGAUUGUCAAAAAGAGGCGAAUCAAUCGAAGUGUUCAAUCACAUGGCGUUAUACACCCUAGAUGUCAUGCUACAGUGUGCCUUCUCCUAUAAAGACAACAUCCAAGACGCUGGAGAGAUCCAUCAUCCCUAUGUCACGGCUGUAAGACGACUAGCCCGGUUGGUACCAGAACGCCAUCUACGCCCACAUUUGUACGUAGACUUCUUCUUUUCACUGAGCAAACUUGGUAAAGAAAAUAAAAAGCUCCUAGACUACGUUCAUAGCUUUUGUGAAAAACUCAUUUCGGAAAGAAAAGAAAUGCUGGGACAAAAUCCUGAUGCUCCCAAAAAGAGUCAUUUGGAUUUUCUCGACAUUUUGCUGACUGCCAAAGACGAGAAAGGAGUUGGCCUAAGCAUGGAGGACAUUCGUGCAGAGGCGGAUACGUUCUUGUUCGAGGGUCAUGACACUACUGCCAGCGCCACCUCGUGGACAUUGUAUGCAUUGGCAAAGUACCCGGAUAUGCAAGACAAAGUCAGACAAGAAGUGGACGAGCUGCUUGGUGACAGGGAAUAUUUAGAAUGGAAUGAUUUACCCAAUUUAAAGUACACCUCCAUCUUUCUGAAGGAGGUGUUGCGUAUGUAUCCACCUGUGCCCUCGGUCUCUCGUCAAACCACGAAACCGUGUGUUAUAGACGGCGUGACAAUCCCACCAGGCAUGAUCAUACAUCUCGCUAUCAUGCUUGUACACCACAACGCAGACGUGUGGGAAAAUCCAGAGGAAUUCCGACCAGAACGCUUCUUGUCUGAGACUUUUCUGACGCGGAAUCCAUAUUGCUAUGUGCCGUUUUCUGCCGGACCAAGGAAUUGCAUUGGACAGAACUUUGCCUUCAAUGAAGAAAAAGUUGUUAUCAGUCGAAUUGUUAAGAGGUUCAAGAUUAUUCUUGACGAGUCCCACCCAGUCUCUCUUGUACCAGAACUGGUACUCAGGGCCAAAGACGGCAUCAAGCUCAAGUUUAUUCCUCGCUCAUCCUAAAUCAACAUGUUUAAAGCGAUUAACAAAAAAUGGAAUCUUUUGCUUGGAACAUUUCUGACAGAACAGACUGAGAUCAGACCAGUGUCUCGAACAGGAACACCGAAUGAAUGUCAUGGAGAGAUACAUUUGUUCUGGUUUCCAAGCUUGAGGCUUUUAGUGUGAAAAGACAGUGUGCACACAAACCUCUAAUACAGUUAAACAUAUUUCCACAAUAUUGUUAGGUAAAAAAAAAAAAAUCUGUAUAUGCCACGGCGAAAUCGUAUGAACGAGACUUAGAUACGGCGAAUAAACCUCCCGUGUUUCACGUUUCAUAUAGACGGCGCGAGAGAAGCAUGCGAUGUUGAAAUACCCGUAAUGUUCUAUUGCUUAAGCGGAACUCGUCAUGUAUUAUUGUUAAUGAUGCAUAUUUACAUGUACAUGAAUAUGAGUAGUCUAUUAUUUGCUUUUUUAUAUUCUUAGUAAAACUGUUGUGUAUAAAGGCAGUAUAAAUUUAUUAUUGGUGUAUUUAUUUGUUUGGUGUUUUAUACUCAAGAACAUUUCACAAAUACAACGGCGGCCAACAUUAUGGUGGGAAGAAAUCGGGUAGAGCCCGGGGGAAAGUCAGGGCCAUCCGCAAAUUGCCGUCAGACCCUCCCACGUACGGCCGGAGAGUAGGCCUGCAAGAGCUUAACUUGAACUCGUAGCGAUCGCAUUGGCGAGAGGAUCCUAGGUCAUUGCGCUGCGCUGGCGUGCAAACCAUCUCGGCCACGGAGGUUCCCUCGAAAUUGACCGCGAUCGUUUACUGUAAGUGGAAAUUUCUUGACUGUGACUUUAAACAUCUGUUAAAUAAAUAAAUGAAUAUAUCGGCUUCAAACAAAAAGCUAUGCUGACUUAAGCUUAUACUCGGAAACAUUAUCUGAAUGACAAGAAUGAUAUAAAAUUCGUGGAAAAUAUGAUAAUCUAUUGAUGACAAACACAGCUGUAUAACAAGAGAGCAUGUUGUGUACACAGACAGUAGAAUAGGUAAAUAUUUGUUUGGAUAAUGUUUCAGAUAAUCCCGUUGUGUGUAUGAAUAUACGCGAGAAGAAUAAUUAGUUAGUUUAUGAAUGUCGGUUUAUUGUAAAGAUAUGCUUGCGCAAUUGGGUUGUAUGUUUUACUCAUCUAAUGAGGUUUUGUCCCUCAAGUCUGUUUACAUAUAUGUAUAUUCAAGGUCGAAAUUUCUGGUUGUACAUGAUAUAUUGAUGAGAAUUCCUUCGUUGUACAUUUUGCAUGAAUGUCUAGUGUAUAGUUGACUCGAUUAGGAUAUUCUGUUUCUAAUUAAUGACGCCAGAAUAUUUUUCUUGCUAAAAAUCGAGUAAAAUAACAAAUUAUUUUCUGUUUCAUUUUAACGAAAGUAUAUAAGUGAGAUAAAAUCAUAUCGAAAGUGAAAAAGUUGUUCUCUGGACAAAUUUAUAUACUUUUGAUUAUGUUUCAAAUUACUCAGAAUUAAAUGUUGCAU